AUGCCAAAACAGGACGAUCUUUGCACUCCGCGUUUCUCCAUUUACACCGUUUUAUUGAGUGCCGUAUUCUCUGGUGUUUUCUGCUUGUCACUCAUCGGUAACACGGUGGUCAUUGUGACGAUUCUCUAUCGACGAACGAAAUCCGCGCGAUCAGUCACCAAUUUCUAUCUCCUCAAUCUCGCAGUAGCGGAUUUGUUGAGAUCAUUGACUUGUAUCCUGCCGACACUUCUCACAGAAUUGACUCAUUGUUGGACUUUGGGCACAAUGAUGUGUCAUCUUGUCGCUUUUCUUCAACCAGUUUCUGUUUGUGCAUCUGCUUACACAUUGACUGUGAUCGCCAUCGAACGAUAUUAUGCGAUUUGUCGACCGCUACAUUUACGGAAAUGGCACACAAAGAAACGUGCCCUCGGUCUUCUCUGUGUUGUUUGGUUGUGGUCACUUCUCUGCAAUCUCGUUUCAUUCUUCAUCUUUGACUCAAAUGAAGUGCAAAAAGGUGUUUGGACGUGUAACCCAAUCCGGAGCACAACGGUCAUGUUCUUCUAUCAACUCUACAUCACAUUGGCACUUCUUUUUAUCCCGUUGGGCUUAAUGGUUGCACUGUACGGGAAUGUGAUCUGCACACUGAAUGGAGCACUUGACGGGGAGAAUAACGAGAAUUCUCUUGCAACUAUCCUCACGCAAAGGACAUCAUCUCGUUCUUCCGACGAAUCACUCGGAAGCGAGCCGAGAGGCCCAUUCGUCGAAUGGCUUUGCAAAGUGAUGAACAUGUCGAAGAAGAAAAAGAUCUCAGCGAAUAAUUGCAAGGAAAUGGAGACAUUGUCCCUUCCCGGAAUGGCCAAUCAUGAUGUAAAUGGAAAUAGCGCUCGAAAUGCUUUCACAAGGGGAAGCUUUGCAAGAAGAUCUCUCUUCGGCAUUCUCACCCCAAGAAGCAGCCUUGACUCGAGUCUUAUCGUUCUCCGAUCAACGAAUCAAGAGAAAAUCCUCUCAUCGAAGCGUCGUGUGACUCGAAUGUUGAUGACAAUUGUUGUUUUAUUCGCUAUUUGUUGGACACCCAAUUACCUCUUUUGGUUGAUCGUUCGAUUCUGUGAUCUUUUUGAUGCCGAAGUGUUCAACAACACAUUGAACAGCGUUUUGACCACACUGACAUACGUCUCUUCUUGCACAAAUCCAAUCACGUAUUGCUUUAUGAAUAAAAGCUUUCGGCACUCGUUGCUUUCCGUUUGUAGAAGAAAGACUCAUUCCCAUUCUCCGAAACGUUUCGUUUUAAAGGGAUCGAAUUCGGAAAGGCCUUGCUCACCAAGGAUAAACAAUAACAACAAUAAUCUUCUGCCAUUGAUUAAAGUGGAUAUGGUCGAAGUGAAUGGGAAUUCUCACGCAUCAGUUCAU